CCAAACACCGACAACACCACAGGCAUCACCACCGGAACGAUAGCAGUGGCCGCAUCGAACCAGGAACGGUGGACCAGAAUGUACCGAUUACACUCCGAACGAAGCCGUCGUCGUUCGGUCAACAGCUGCCCAUUGGCAAAACCCUGCUUGAAUGUAGGCCGAGAGGACGAUCCUGGUGAUUAUUACGAUACUGGCCCGGCUGAUGGUGAUGUUGAUGAAACAUUUGGCCGCUUCGAAACAAUGAACAUCAGUAUCAACGCGGAAAUUACGUUGGUAAAGGCAACGACAGCGAUGGCGAGUGCAUCCUAUCAGACCUUUGCGCUGUUCGAUGUAUGGAACCCAGGUUACAUCAGUGGAGGCCGGUUAAACGUAACCGCCAUGGGAAAUUAUACUGUGGAUCGCCGUGACGGAAGUGGUGGGAAGCUGCACGUGCGCUUCCACGAGAGCACUGUCGUACGCCGCAGGGACAUGAAUGGCCUCAGACUGAAGAUAAUGACCGUUGUGACGCAGAAGCCCCGUAAGCCGUUUGAAGUGUACCUGUCGACGCCGACGGAUACUCACCUGGACUCGGUGCACCGGUACAAUUUUGGGCUUAUGAGCUAUCUGAAGAGCUAUUUCAAUUUCAGCUUCAUUAUGAGACGGACCAAGAGCUGGGGCUAUCUGCGAAAUGGAACGUUCGACGGGAUGAUUGGUGCACUGGCCAGGCGGGAAGUCGAUCUCGGAGGGUCACCGAUGUUCUUCCGCCAGGAACGGCACCGAGUGGUGAGCUAUACGACUCGUUCGUUCAUGGAAAGGCCAUGCUUCAUUUUCCGACAUCCACGGCGGCAAGACACGGUGAGAAACCCCUUCCUACUGCCGUUCGAAACCGUUAUCUGGUAUUUGAUGGUGAUUUGUGGCGCAAUCCUGGUUGUGGUACUGUUCACCAGUUUCUACUUGGAAGAUUCAGGCUUUGUUCGGCGAGGAAAAAGUUCGAUACACGCUAACAAGUUUGGCUCUUUGAACAUUGAAGAUGACGAAAGUUAUUACGGAGAUAGUUUCCAUUUCAAUGGAGGAAGUAUCGAAAAGCGGAGGCAGCAACUGCACCAUCGACAGCGGGGCACAAAGGAAAAUGUACUUUUUAAUGACACAAAUAAAAAUAACGACGAUGAUCCUCGCCAUCAUCGGGACCACCGUCUUGGGCGCUGCAGUCGACGGGUGAGAAGACGGAAGACAUUGAGCCGGAGGCAACUUUUGAAUCAACAUCAACAGUGGGAAGCUGCUCGCAAGGACGUUGACGGUGCAAAUAACAGUGGCAAAAACAUCAACACAACUGGAAAGGCGGAAAACGGUGCUGGAAACAUGCUGCAAAAAAUAGUGCGCUUUGCACAGCUCAACGCAGCCUUUCAGGACGACGAUCGCGCGGAUGCUAGUGCCGCACAGGAUGCACGCCAAAGCGGUUCCACGUACAGCAAUUAUAGAGCGGAAAAAUUAUCGAAAAGCAUUGUGCUUUUCCUCGGCGGUGUCUGUCAACAAGUCUCCUUUAAGGCCCUUUGGGAAUUAUUAAUUUAUUCAUCGUUGUUUUACAUGAGAUCAAUGUUACCUCUUUGCCUCUCCAAUUCCAAGGAAUGGAUGCUCGGUCUGUCCGAGAUUCCUCGGCUUGCAUCCGGAAAAUGCACCUCCAUGUUUAUCCUGAUCUUCGGCUAUCUCAUGUUCCAAUACUAUUCGGCAAGCAUCGUCGGUUCUCUGCUAAUGGAACCACCGAAAAACAUCCGCACGUUGCGGAACCUCAUCGAUAGUCGCCUCUCUCUGGGCAUCGAAGACAUCCCGUACAGUAGGGAUUACUUCGUGCGAACUACCGACGAGGACUCGCUGGAACUAUUUCGAACCCGGAUAAGCUUCCUCAACCCGAAAACCGGUCAAAACGAGUCGCAUUUUUCGAACGCAGCUGACGGCCUCGGGCUGGUGAAGAUGGGCGGGAACGCAUUUCACGUGGCCAUUUCGGCUGGCUACAAAAUCAUACGGGAAACCUUCAGCGAGCGGGAAGUCUGCGAACUGGCCGAAAUCGACAUGUUUCCCAAGUCGAGCCAGUGGAUGGUGGCGAUCGUGCAGAAAAAUUCACCCUACCGGGAUGUCAUAACGUACGGAUUACGACGCUUGAAUGAAGCUGGCAUAAUGGACCACCAGAGACACGUUUGGCAGGAACCGAAACCGAAAUGUGUGCGCAAAAUGGCAGCGACGGAUCUGAUUGUUGGUAUGGAUAGUGUUUAUUCGGCGUUUAUCUUGCUACUGACCGGAGCGGUCGUGUCCAUUGGCUUACUACUGAUUGAGAUACUGCAUCAUCAGAUGAGACUGGCGAAAAACUACUGGCCUCCGAGGCGGUGGCAGCAGCAGCAGCAGCAACAUCAUCAAUUCAAUGUCGGGAAUUUACCGCAGCAACUACAACUCUGGCAGAAGCCGGCGCCGACCUGGGAUCAGGACUUGGCUUAUUCCUAUGUUGAUUGA